AUGGCUAACAGUGUGACCGUCAACAAAAAGGCUACGAGACGUACCUUCACUUGCAGUUUCUUUCGUGAGGAUGCAACACCUUUGGUUCAAUUGAGCACCCUGGUUACUGGGUCUAAUCGGGAUGAGUUCAGAGAGACUUAUGGCCACAUUCUGCUUAUGUUGACUACUCGUAUUGAUGAGUGGGGUCUCUAUACUCUUCUUCAGUUCUAUGAUUCUGAGUUGAGCUGCUUCACCUUUCAAGACUACCAACUGGCUCCCACCUUUGAAGAGUAUGCUGACAUUCUCAAGAUUAAGGUUCAACGUAAAAUCCCUUUUGUAUGUGUACCUGAGAAGCCAAAAAUGGAUCGAAUCGCUAGUGCUCUUUAUUUGAGCAUGAAGGAUGUUACGGAUAACUGGAAGCCUAAUGGUGGAACCCAUGGAUUCUAUGUAAGAUUUCUGAUGAAGAAGGCUGAAGCCCUUGCUAUUGAGAAAAAAUGGAAAGAAUUCAAUGCCCUCCUGGCCGUCAUGAUAUAUGGAUUAGUGAUGUUUCCGAAUAUUCCAAAUUUUAUCGAUCUUACUGCCAUUUGUCUCUUUAUGGAUCAAAAUCCUGUACCCACUCUGUUGGCCGACACUUAUUAUGCCAUCCAUUCUAGGUAUGGGAAAAAAGGAUUAGUUGGGGGUUGUUUACGGAUACUAUACGAAUGGUUUUCUUCACACUUGCCUAAAAGUGGAGCGUUUGUCACCACAAGAGACUCACAGAAAUGGCCUCAAAGGAUCAUGGGGCUAACUGCAAAUGACAUCGUCUGGUGUUGCAUCAGAAUGAGUAUAGAGGAAGUUAUAACUAGUUGUGGCAGUUUUGACAACGUUCCCCUCAUAGGAACGAAAGGUGUUAUCAAUUAUAACCCGAGGCUCGCAUUACGCCAGUUGGGAUUUGUGCUUAAAGACAAGCCUUUGGACAAAGAGAUAUUCGAAUCCGUUUGCUUUGAGAAGGGAACUGAUCUAGAGGGUUUGGAAAAAGUAAGAAGUGCCUAG